AUGAAGUUCGGCUGGCGACCAGACAUGCCAGACCACCGCGACCUCCGUGUGACUUUCGAGAAGGUCGAUGCGCCAAGCCACAUCACCAAGAAGUCUGAAGGAGAGAAGGAGAUCAUUGACCUACGGCCCUUGAACGGUGGCUUCCCCAUCUUCGAUCAGGGCCAUCUCGGCAGCUGCACAGCGAACGCUUUGGCAGCAGCCUUCCACUUCACCCUCCACAAGAUGACGGUGGAGAACCACAAGGACUUCGCCGACUUCACCCCAAGCCGGCUCUUCAUCUAUUACAACGAACGCCUUGUGGAGGGCAGCGUGAACCAGGAUGCUGGGGCGAUGAUCCGGGACGGCAUCAAGACGAUGUCCAAGGUAGGUGUGUGCCCAGAGAGUGUUUGGAAGUAUGAUGACCAGCAUGACUUCUUCAAGAAGCAGCCGGAUGACAAGGCCUACGAGCUGGCACAGAAAUGCAGGGUCAUGGGCUACGCCCGCGUCGCCCAGGACUUGAGCCAGUUCAAGGCAUGCCUGAAGAACGGCUACCCCUUUGUCUUCGGCUUUGCCGUCUUGUCUAGCUUCCAGACAGCAGAGGUUGCCAGGACCGGCAAGAUGGUGAUGCCCCAGGCAACCGACCAACAGCUGGGCGGCCACGCCGUCUGUGCCGUGGGCUACGACGACUUCCAGCAGUGCUUCAUUGUCCGCAACUCUUGGGGAGAAGGGUGGGGCGACAAGGGCUACUUCUACAUGCCCUACGAGUACAUGUGCCAUCCCGCCCUUGCCUCGGACUUCUGGGCCAUCAACUGGGUUGAGGGCUUCAAGAACACCAGCAGCCUCUCAGAGGGCAAGAUGACGAUCGGCGGGGCCCCCCGGCAUCCCAAUGUUGUGUCCCUCAACAUGCGCACGAACAUGAAGUUCGGCUGGCGACCAGACAUGCCGGACCACCGGGACCAAACCGUCACCUUCAACAAG